AUGACGGAUCUUUACGUCAAAUGUGGGACUGUUUGCUUCAAUAAUUGUGUCAAUAACAUGACUGCUCGCAAACUGAGCGAUGAGGAAUUGAACUGUAUCACAAAAUGUACAGAAAAGUUUGCCAAGAUGAAUCAAAGGCUAUCCCUGCGGUUGCUUGAGUUAAAUCAAAUGGAAAUCGAAAAGCAGCAGCAGGGACAACAAAAGUAA